GCUCUACCACGUGAUUCUCCAAGCUCCGGCCCCCUUGGCAGCUGAAAGCGAGGCAAGCAAACAUUUCGCUCGUGAGCGUCUGAUCAGUGUGGAGCUGCCAGCACUGUAUUUUCCGGAAUGAAGAUUUUGCCGUUGGAGUAGGAGAGGAGCACAAAGCUGAGACCGUGUUCCCAGAAUGAGUGGAGGCAGCACGGGCACUGGAGCGGCCCCAUGCCGCUUCGCCCACUACUUCGUGAUAUGCGGUAUAGACACUGAAACCGGUCUGGAACCCGACGAAUUGGCAGCUUUGUACCAAUGGCUUGAGGCUGAUCGGCUGGGCAGGAGCCCAGAGGCUGCAAAUGAAGGGGAGAACUUUGAAGAGAGCCCCCUCAAGAGGACCUUCAAGUCCAAGGUCCUCGCCCACUUCCCGGAGAACGUCGAGUGGAACCCCUUCGACCGAGAUGCCGUCAACAUGCUCUGCAUGCCGAAGGGCCUGUCGUUCCGGACGCAGGCGGACGAGCGGGAGCCCCAGUUCCACUCCUUCCUGAUCACGCGGGAGGACGGCUCGCGCACCUACGGCUUCGUGCACACCUUCUACGAGGAGGUGCGCAGCCGCAGGAUCUGCGCAGCCAUGCAGACGCUGCAGCAGAUGCACCGGGCCGAGCGGAGCCCCGGCGGCAGCGCCGGCGCCUCCUCCUCCUCCUCCUCUUCCUCCUCCUCGUCCAGCAUGGACUCGCUGGCCAGCAGCCUGGACGAGGCCGACGCCGGCCCGCCCGCCGCCGCCGGGGGGGGCGGCUCGGGCACAUAUGACGCGGCCCGUGACACGCUCUACGUCUCCAAGGCGCUGUGCCUGAUCGCGCCCAUGCCCUUCCUGCACGCCUGCCGCCGCUUCCUGGCCCAGCUGCACCGGGCCGUCGCCGGGCCCCGCCCGCCGCCGCUGCCGCUGGAGAGCUACAUCCACAACCUGCUGUACGAGGUGCCGCUGCCGCCGCCGGGCCGCUCGCUCAAGUUCCACGGCGUGUACGAGCCAAUCGUGUGCCAGCGGCCCGGCCCCGGGGAGCUGCCAUUGGCCGAGUUCCCCCUGGGCACCGCCUUCCAGCUGCUGGGCGUGGAGAACCUGGUGCAGGUGUUCACCUGCGUGCUGCUGGAGAUGCAGAUCCUGCUCUACUCGCAAGACUACCAGCGGUUGAUGACGGUUGCUGAGGGCAUCACCACCCUGCUGUUCCCCUUCCAGUGGCAGCACGUGUACGUGCCCAUCCUGCCCGCCUCCCUGCGCCACUUCCUGGACGCCCCUGUGCCCUACCUGAUGGGCCUCCAGUCCAAAGAGGGAACGGACCGCUCCAAACUGGAGCUGCCCCAGGAGGCCAACCUGUGCUUCGUGGACAUCGACCACCACUGCGUGGAGCUCCCGGAGGACUUCCCUCAGUUCCCCAACAAGGCCCAGUUCGUCCAGGAGCUGACGGAGGUGCUCCUGCGUUUCGGCGUCUCCCCGGAGGACGCCUCCGCGCCCGCCGCGCCCGCCCCGCCCGCCGGCCCCGCUCGCCUGAAGGGCGUGGCGCUGCGCGAGCUGGUGGACGACGGGCGGAACGGGAACCUGGGGGGCGAGGCGCUGGCGGUGCUGGAGAGGCUGCAGGCGCUGGCCCGGCGGACGGGCGUGGCCGUGGAGGGCGUGGAGGCACUGGGCCAGGGGGGGCCGGGGGGCCGGGGGGGCCGGGGGGGGCCGGGGGGGCGGUCCCCCGAGGAGGAGGAGGAGCUGUGGAACGCCAAGCUGAACGUGCAGCUGAGGGAGGUGUUCGCCGGCCGCUUCACCACCAUGUUCGCCGACUACGAGGCCUUCGUCAUCCAGAGCGCCCCCGACCUGGAGGCCUGGCUCACCAACCGGGAGCAGAUGCACAACUUCGACAAGGCCUCCUUCCUGUCGGACCAGCCGGAGCCCUACCUGCCCUUCCUGUCGCACUUCAUCGAGACGCAGAUGUUCGCCACCUUCAUUGACCAGAAGAUCAUGUCGCAGUGGGAGGAGAAGGAGGCGGCGCUGCGCGUGUUCGACGGCCGCGUGGAGAAGGCCCGGCUCUACAGCGCGCGCGCGCCCAGCCUGCGCUCCUCCAGCUACCAGAGGUGCUCCGUGCUCAAGGAGUCAGCCCAAGCCAUCGAGCAGAGGCUGAUGAAGAUCGACCACACGGCCAUCCACCCCCACCUGCUGGACAUGAAGAUUGGCCAGGGCAAGUACGAGCAGGGCUUCUUCCCCAAGCUGCAGGCAGACGUGCUGGCCACCGGGCCCACCAAUAACAACAGGUGGUCGAGUCGCACCGCCUCCUCCCAACGCAGGAAGGACCGUCACAGACAGCACUCUGAACACCUGGGCCUCGACAACGACCUGAAAGAGAAGUACAUGCAGGAGGCGAGGAGCCUGGGGAAGAACCUCCGGCAGCCCAAACUGUCGGACCUGUCCCCCGCCGUCAUCGCUCAGACCAACUGGAAGUUCGUGGAGGGCCUGCUGAAGGAGUGUCGCUUGAAGACGAAGCGCAUGCUGGUGGAGAAGAUGGGGCGGGAGGCGGUGGAGCUGGGCCACGGGGAGGCCAACAUCACGGGGCUGGAGGAGAACACGCUCAUCGCCAGCCUCUGCGACCUGCUGGAGAGGAUCUGGAGCCACGGCCUGCAGGUCAAACAGGGGAAAUCCGCCCUGUGGUCCCACCUGCUGCACUACCAGGUGAGGGAGGAGAAGCUGGAGCAGCAGGCUGAGUCACCAGUUUCCAACGGGACAGAGCGCCGGAAGUCGGACUCGGGCCUGGGACUGCCCCAGCUGAGGGUGUCCGUCAUACAGGACAUGAGGCACAUUCAGAAUAUGAGUGAGAUUAAGACGGAUGUGGGGCGGGCUCGGGCCUGGAUCCGCCUGUCUCUGGAGAAGAAGCUGCUCUCCCAACACCUCAAACAGCUGCUGAGCCGCCAGGCCUUAACCAAAAAGCUGUAUAAGCGCUAUGCUUUCCUGCGCUGCGAGGAGGAGAAGGAGCAGUUCCUCUACCACCUCCUCUCCCUCAACGCCGUGGAUUACUUCUGCUUCACCAGCGUCUUCACCACCAUCAUGAUCCCCUACCGGGCCGUCAUCAUCCCCAUCAAGAAGCUGAGCAACGCCAUGACGACCUCCAACCCCUGGGUGUGCGUCUCGGGGGAGCUGGGCGACUCGGGCGUCAUGCAGAUCCCCAAGAACGUGCUGGAGAUGACCUUCGACUCUGCCUUCAGACCUCAUCACUCCCACAUCUCCACAGUGUUCAAGUGUCAGAAUCUGGGAAAGCUCACCACUGUUCAGCUGGGUCAUGACAACUCGGGGCUCCUGGCCAAGUGGCUGGUGGACUGUGUGAUGGUGCGCAACGAGAUCACAGGACACACCUACAGGUUCCCAUGCGGGCGCUGGCUGGGGAAGGGCGUGGACGACGGCAGUCUGGAGCGGGUCCUGAUUGGUGAGCUGGUGGUGCCGAGCGGCGAGGAGGAGGGGGGCAAACCGUGCCGGACUCCGCCCCUGCAGCGCUCCCCGUCCCAGACCCGACGCAUCAGCGUCACCUCCCUGAGCCGCGGCGGCAAGCCCAAUGGCGUUCAGAUCCAGGAGGCCAUCGGGGAAGCGGUGAACAACAUCGUGAAACACUUCCACAAGCCGGAGAAAGAGAGAGGGAGCCUGACCAUCCUCCUGUGCGGUGAGAACGGGCUGGUCUGCGCGCUGGAGCAGUUCUUCCACCACGGCUUCAAGUCCGCACGCCUCUUCCAGAAGAACGUCUUCGUGUGGGACUUUGUGGAGAAGGCCGUGGCGUACCUGGACACGGCCGAUCAGAUAGGUGACCUGCAGGAGGCGCCGGAGCCGCUGGGUCAGACCUGCGAGACCUUCUGCCACUACGUGAGCGCCAUCAACAGCACGCCCCGCAACAUUGGCAAGGACGGCAAGUUCCAGCUGCUGGUGUGCCUGGGGGCCAGGGACCGCCUGCUGCCUCAGUGGAUCCCCCUGCUGGUGGAGUGCCCGAUGAUCGCGCGCAUGUACGAGGAGAGCGCCCUGCUGCGCGACCGCACCACCGUCAACACGCUCAUCGGCGUCCUGCAGACGCUGCACGACUUCAGCGUCACCCUGGAGACCUCCCUCACUAAGGGCAUACACCUAUAGCCGCCGGGGAUGCUGGGAGAUCACACAGACUUCAGGAAACCACCCCCCAUUACCCCCCCCUCCUCCCCACCUCAUUUACCCCUCCUCUUCCCUCAGUUUGCCCAUUCCCACUGCAGAAGACUGACACCGUCUGGGAGACUGACACUGGGGGUCACAUGAUGACUGAAGGGGGCGUGGCAGGGUGGGGCCCACGCAAUGCAGAUUAAAGGCCGUGGCGUGUGGGCGGCGGAACCUGAGAGCUCUGUCCAUGGAUGGAUGCAGUAUUACUUUAUCUCCUUAUUUCCUCAUUCAAGAGCUCUUUUUGGCAUUCGGUGACGAUUUUCUUUUUUUUCCGUUUUACUUGAUUUGUGUAAAUGCCACUGUUUCAUGGUCCCUCCUGAACAUCCUCGGCCUUCUGAAACGUCAACAUGUGCUUUUCUUAAAAGUCUGAACGAGGCGACGCUGCACCAUGGGCUCCAGUUAGUGCUGAGCGGCAUGCCCCUGCUUCAUAUCGAACUUAGAUGGAUUGAAGAGAGAAGCUGCAUAUUAGGAGGCUGUAAUACUUGGUAGAUACCCCCCCCCCCUCCCCUUGCUGCCUGCAGGCUCACUGCUGUGUCUCUGUACUUUGUCUCAGAGAGGCCCGAUGGCCUCAUUGGAUGACGAUGUCAUUAGCUCACAGCCUAUUCGUUCACUGACCUGUCCGUCACCUGUGGGCUGGUCUGGCUGGCGUGACGGAACUUGACCCCUCGACACACGUGAAUUUUCGUCACCGAGGCAACAAAGAAGUGAUGCUGUGGCUGAUGUCAUUAACCCGAUCACAACUCCAGCGUUCUCUCCUCCUCUCUCUCUGGUCACACUGGGCAUGCCUGCACUCGUUGUUAUGACUGUUUUUGUUGCUGCUGGAAACUUGAAAUGCUUGUGUUGUUCUGCCAUCAUAGUCUUUUGUUUUUGGUCUUCUUAAAAACCUGGGUUAAAAGAGUCUAAAUCAGGGCUCGCUCCUCCCUGGCAUGGUCGCUGCUUGUGAUAGGGGUGUAUAGACAGUACAGUAGUGUCCGAACUCCCAUUGAUCUCAGAUAGGAUAGACUGUGUGUUUCUGCCAAUAAUUUCAAAAAUAAUCCUAUGGUUUUGAUAAUGCUUGCAUCCCUUUUGUUGGAUGAAAAUAACAGAAUACAUUGAAAAUACACAUGCAUAGCAAUAACUUAAUUAAGAUAAGCUUGCGUACUCUUUCUUUGUCCUAUGAUGUGAGACAUUCUUGGGUCAUCGAAACCUAAAUAUAAUCAAGUUGCACGUGUCAAAUUAUUUUCAAUUUUUAUUUAAAGGAAAGCAUUUUGAAUCAUUAUUUUAAAUAAUGAUAUAUUUUGUUCAGGUUUAGUUUCUGUUUUUAAUUGAGUUCUGUGUUCCUGUGCAGUGCUACUGAUGUGGUUUACCACUUAAAAGUUAAAAUGAACAAGAUGCUGCAAAUGUACAGCAAUGUACUCCUGUGUAAGAAAAAUCAGUAUGCUGGCUCCUUGGCUUUUGUGACAACAGUAGAUGCAAACGCAACUGACAGAUUGUAGCGUUGUGGUUAUGCUAUUAUUUUUAUUGUGCCUGG